CCGCCGCCUCCAUGAUAACGCGUGGAAUUUUAAACGCGUUAAAUCCAGCACGCGUGAAACUUUGAGUUUUUUGACCGUUUUUUUUUUUGAACGUUGCUUUUUACCGUUUUUCCAACCUUUUUGACCGUUUGAAUAUUGAUUUUUUUAUAUAAAUACCCACAUUUUCAAUACACUCAAUACAAAAAACCACUCAACAAUUCUCACACUCAAUACAAAAAAUUCAAAAAACUCUCAACUAUUUUACAAGAAAUAUGGAAGGUUCAAGCAAGAGAGGUGGUGGAUCGAAAAAAAGAGGUGGCGGUUCGGGUACGAAGAAAAUAAGGCCCAAGGUUCGAGCGAAUCUUGGUGAGCCCGCUCGAUUUAGGUUGCAAGACGAACCCGACCAAGUCCCACCCUUUCAAACCCAACAAUACCCGCCCUUUCAAACCCAACAAUAUCCACCCUUUCAAUCGCAAACGUACCAUAACCAACCGUUCGUUCCACCGUUUCAACCUCACCAAUUUCAAUCGCAAACGUAUCAAACCCAACCCCACACACUCGACCCUCUACUAGAAGACAACACCCUCAUUUCUCAUUUUGCAAAAGCGUGGAAUGGACCACGUGAACCACAACCAAUUCUUGACGAGGACGAGGAAGAGGAAGAGGAAGAAGAAGCGGAGGAAGAGGAAGAGGAAGAGGAAGAAGAACAAAAUGUUGAGGUUCAAGAAAUCGUUCCAAUCGGCCGACAACCUUGGACGAGCGAGGAGGAGGUCUCGUUGACGAAGGCGUAUUUGCACAUCUCGGAAAGUAGGAAACACGGGAACGAGCAACGAAAGGAAGCGUUUUGGAGACGGGUUAUUAAUCAUUUUAUGAAACUUCCCGGUGCAAGGGUCCGAAACAUGGACAAAAUGACGUCGAAGUGGUCGGAUUUGAACCGAAAAAUGAGCCAGUUCAACGCUUGUUUCAUUCAAAAGAGCCGAAACCCACAAAGUGGAGCGAGCGAGGCGACGAUCAUGCAACAAGCCACCGAAAUGUAUUGCACAACGUACCAUAAGAGAACUUUUCCACACGUUGCGGCAUGGCAAGUUGCGAGACAUCACCCGAAGUGGGUCCCCGUUGAGUUGGUUGACACGCAUGGUCCUACGGCUCCAAAAAAUCGAGGCGGUUCGAAAAGAACAAAGACAUCCGAUUCGGGGAACUACACGACUUCCGCGUCGGAUAACUUGCCCCAAAUGAACUUAAACGACGAGCCUCUAGACGAACCCGAUCAACCCCUUGACGAGCCCGUUGAGGAAGAUACACCCACAAGGCCACGACGCAGACGAGGUGGUGAUUCGUCAAGCAAAGGGAAGGAGGCGGUGGCGGAGUCGAUCUUUAGAAUCGAAGAGGAGAAAAUGACCCAAUACAAGAUGGCCGAACAAAGAAAAGAAACAAUGAUGACCCUAAAAGUUGAACGGGAGCAGGCGUACAAGGAACACUUGAAAACGAUCGAAAGACAAAAUGAUUUAAAAAUCUUGUGUGAAAAACACGCCCAUCUCGACGAACCGUUCAAGUCAAUUGUCAUCGAACAAAAGCGCGCGAUUUGCGCAAAGUGGGGUUGGGAGAUGCCAUCGGUUUAGUUGUUUUUUU